GUACAUAAUUGAAAAAGAUUAGCUCUCUUUCUUUACAAUAUUUAAGAAGGUAAACAUUAUUUUUGAAGAGGGUUUGGGAAAUCGACAUGACAUUGAGGGAAACGAAGUGACAGAGUUUCCAAUGGGAGGUUGAUAACGAGAUGUAUCCAGUCGAAAGCGUAACUGAUUACGACCGUUAUGCACAAUUGAAAUCCUCUCGUGAAAGAAAUAAAAAACGAAAACUGAAAUACCACCAAACGACAAAAAGCAAACGAAUAAGGGAACAAAAGCAUGUAAACACUAUAAGAAUGCAGAGAAAGGGAAGCUCUUUUAUCUUGUCGAGGAAAAAAGGAAUGAGCGUUCGUGCUUCUGCGAUGUAUCUUAAUACCAAUGUCCGCACAGCAUAAGGCUGGAUGACCAA